AUGAGGCAGGGCAGGCUAGAUGCGCCUGGAGUUGCAGGAGUCAUUGGACGCUUCUGGCAACGGUCAUACGCAUCAGACUAUGUUGGAUUCGCUCUCCUUUUGACAGGAUAUGCUUCGGCGCAAGUCUUCUUCGAACCAGUCCAUCAGAUGUUCCGUCUUGACAAUCAAGCGAAACAGUACCCACACGCGCUGGUCGAACGGGUUUCUCCUGGAGAGAACAUCCUGCUUGCCGGUGUCGGGCCGCUCGUCCUUCUCGUCAUCUGGGCGGUUGUUAUGCGACCAGGACUCCAUCAUGCACACGUCACGAUCCUUGGACUCCUCAUUAGUCUCUUCCUCACCGCGCUACUGACGGACAUCAUCAAGAACGCCAUCGGCCGUCCACGUCCAGAUCUGAUUGCUCGCUGUAAGCCAGAAGCGGGCACACCUGAGCACGAGCUUGUCGGUGUCGCAGUGUGCACCGAGACGAAUCCUCAUACUCUCCACGACGGGUGGCGCAGUUUCCCAAGCGGCCACAGUAGCUGGGCAUUCGCGGGACUCGGAUAUUUUGCUUUGUUCCUGGCAGGCCAACUACGUGUCUUUCGGCCGCAUGCAGACCUAUUCAGAAUUUUGAUCUUUCUGACUCCGUUGUCUGGGGCCGCACUGAUUGCGAUGUCACGAUUGGCCGAUUACAGACACGAUGUCUAUGAUGUUACUUGUGGCAGUCUCUUGGGCAUGGCAGUAGCCUAUGUUACAUAUCGACGAUACUUUCGUCCGCUCCGACAUCCCAAAUGUGACGAGCCCUACCCGAACAGGGCAGACUAUGCUAUGGCGAGAGCGGCGAAGGCAGCUAAAGCUAGGCCUAGAGAUUUGGAACAACAGUUGGCUGACGAGUUUUCAUUGAGUGACCAUUCUGAUGACGAGUCCCAAGCAUAUCUCUUGACAGAGUCGGUACCAGGGAGGACGAGGGAGAAUGUCGAAACAGCAGAGCCACCUUAG